UGAAAAACUUAAGAUCAUUGUUAAAACAAAUAACAUGACAUUAAUAGAAUUUGUAAAAGCUUUACGACCUUGCGAAGACUUGUUUGAAAUCUGUAUGUGGGAUGAUGUUGUACAGGAUUGUAAUCAAUUAUUCAAAAUGUCAUACACUUUCGCAGGUAUAUGCUGUUCCUUCAAUUAUGUUCUUGAAGAUUACAUAGAAAGCGGCAGACCUGUAGAUUAUGACAAACUUCGUACAAGUUCUUUAUUUGGACCAAGAUCCGGUAUUACAAUUGUGCUAAAUCGCGAUUUUUUAGUUGAGGAUGUUCCCGAAGAAGAAAAAUAUGUUAAAUAUUCAACAAAUUCCGUCGGUGUUGUGAUGUUUCCUCAUCAUCCUUUGGAAUAUGUCGCCACUCUAGCCACCAGGAUCAUUUUGCAAAAAAAUCAAGAAUUACGGGUUUCCAUAACUCCAUUUGUCAAGAAAAAACUCAGCGGAUAUUAUGAGGAAAAUUCUCGCGGUGAAAUUGUUCCACAUUGUGCAGAUGAGAAGAUUACAUUACAAUAUUUUCCUUCAUAUCGAUAUUCGAACUGCUUUACUAGCUGUUCUAUCAAUGCUUUUCUUCAAUAUUGUGAUUGCAUACCUCAUUACUUCACGCCUAUAGCUAAUAAAUAUUCUUUAAGGAUGUGUGACUGGGAGGAUUUCGCGUGUCUUUAUAGAAACGCAAAGUACACACGAAUUAUUCAAAAUACACUUACAGAAAAUUAUACGUGCGAAUGUAUAACUCCAUGCUGGGAUGUAGAAUAUGAAUUAAGUACUUCUUAUUCUGAAUUAAGUGGUAAUCACGAUUUCAACGUCGCACAUCUAUAUACAUUCAUGCAAAUGACAACAAUACCGAUUGCUGAUGAAUUAUAUUUGUUGGUAUUCAUGAAAUCCAGUACAUUCAUGCAAAUGACAACAAUACCGAUUGCUGAUGAAUUAUAUUUGUUGGCAUCGUUGGGCGGUAUAUUUAGCCUUUUUUUGGGAUGCAGCUUUAUAAGUGCCAUAGAAAUUAUUUAUUUUGUCGGAUUAUAUUUUCGUUCCAGUUAUAAGAAAUCAAAAUAACUAUCGUUGAUCAGAAGUUUUAUAAAGAAAUAUAAUAUAUUAAACAACGUA